AUGGACCUAACAUUACCGGAAUCAGGCUGGACGUACCGGUUGGUGGCGCUAGGCGCAAUCACUACCCUCGGUGCAUCCAUUCCUGUUGGGUACAACAUAGGCGUUAUAAAUGCACCGUCCGAGUUCAUCAAGCACUGGAGCAAUGAGACGAUUUUUCGGAAGUACGAUCACCAGCUCUCUGAUGGUGCGCUGCGUGCGUUCAUUGCAGCGGUCAUUUCGAUAGCAUUGAUUGGAGGCGUCAUUGGAUCACUACAGGGUGCUUAUCUAGCGGAUAAAUAUGGAAGAAAAAGGUCAUUCCUCUGCUGUGCGGUACUGCUUACGGCCGGAGCAUUAUGCUUUCUCUUCUGUCGGGCCGCUUCUUCAGUGGAGUUGUUGCUCCUGGGCAGACUGCUCGUCGGACUGGCAUCAGGACUGACGACCGGUGUCAUUCCAAUGUAUCUGGCGGAGGUAUCGCCGAUCAAACUGCGCGGUGCAAUGGGAGUAUUGUGCCCGUUGGGUCUAACGACUGGUGUCGUUAUUGGACAGGUUACGAGCCUGGAGCAAGUGCUCGGCACCGAGGAGCAUUGGCACUAUGCGCUCGGUUGCUACGCGGUGUUGAAUCUAUUUUGCUACGCAUGUUACUUUUGGGUACCCGAAAGUCCCAAAUAUCUGUACAGUGUGAAAGGCGAUCAAGCGGGAUCGUUGCGCGCCAUAAGAAAGCUGUUCGGGCGCCAUUCCAUCGGGGAUGAUUACAUCAAGCUGCAGAUGGAGUGCGCUAAUGGGCAGAGCGCUACCACAACCAACGGACAAUCAUUCGAUGACGGUCAGCCCCAAACUAGCCGGUCGAUUUGUUCUGUUUUGCGUGAUCCAACGCUCACGCUGCCGUUGGUGCUUGUGUGCGCACUUCAAGGAGGGCAACAACUUUCAGGAAUUAAUGCCGUGUUUUUCUACUCGGUGUCAAUAUUUGAAUCGGUUGGCUUAAGCUCCAAUGCUGCUAAGUUCGCCAAUCUCGGUGUAGGCUGCUUAAAUCUGUUCGUGUCUUUAUUUUUACCCUUACUGAUGGCUCGGUACAAUAGACGCGCUCUAUCCAUACUCUCAUGUUCUUGCUGUGCAAUCAUUCUCUUCAUUCUUACUUUAUCAAUACAUUUCAAUGACCUGGCGGAAUGGUUUUCUUACGUCUGUAUCGGAUCCAUUUUACUCUACAUAAUUUUCUUCCAACUCGGACUAGGCCCUAUACCAUUCUUCAUUGGAUCAGAACUCUUCGAUCUUGGACCACGACCGACGGCAAUGGCACUGGGCAGUCUCUCCUCGUGGGGAUGUAAUUUCAUUGUUGGCAUGGCUUUUCCAACCCUCCAAAGUGUAUGGGGUGCGUUCGUAUUUCUACCAUUUUCCAUAACGUGCGUACUAUUGACGGUUUUGGUUAAAUUUUAUCUUCCCGAGACACGCGGAAAGGAAGUAACGGACGUCGCGCAAAAGGUGGCGCACGGUUUUCGUUCCAAAGUAAGAGAUUAA